GGGACGGGCUCGCUUCCGCGUCACCCCCGGCGUCCCCAUGGCCCCCGCGGUGCCGCUGCCCGCCCUGGCGCUGGUGGCCCUGGUGGCCCUGGUGGCCCCGGGGCUCGGCGUGGCCCCCGGGCUCGGCGUGGCCCCCGGCUGUGACCUCCCUACCCACCUCUGGUGCAGCUCGCCGGAGACCGCCGUCGCCUGCCAGGUGGAGAGCCGCUGCCCCGACCCGCCUCGCCCCGCGGCCGCCCCGGUGGAGCUGAGCCUGUACUACGAGAGCCUGUGCCCAGCGUGCUGGCAGUUCCUGGUGCUGGAGCUCUUCCCCACCUGGCUGCUGCUGCCCUCGGAGAUGCUGAACAUCACCCUGGUGCCCUACGGCAAUGCCCAGGAGAGGAACAUCAGCGGGAAGUGGAACUUUGAGUGCCAGCACGGCCCCGAGGAGUGUUUGGGCAACAUGAUCGAGACCUGCCUGAUGAACGAGGCCAAGAACUACAGCACCUACUUCCCCAUCAUCUUCUGCCUGGAGUCAGGUAGCUCCGUCACCAAGAACCUGGAGGCUUGCCUGCAGAUCUACGCCCCGGAGCUGGACAGGGGCCGCAUCGCCGCCUGCGUGCAGGGGGACACAGGGAUGACCCUGAUGCACCAAAACGCCUAACUGAACGAGGCACUCGACCCCCCGCACCAGUUUGUGCCCUGGGUCGUCAUCAACGGGAAGCACACGGAUGAGCUGCAGGCACAGGCAGAGGCCUCCCUGCUGGGGCUGGUUUGCCACCUCUACCAGGGGGAGAAACCCGAAGCCUGUGGGGGCUCAAAGGCCCCGAACCCUCUGGGCUGCAGGCGCUGA